AUGACCAAAAAUGAUACCAACAAUAUACUAAACCCAUUGAUUAGUGGUGCUUGUGCCGGUAUAGCAACAGAUUUAGCUUUUUUUCCUAUAGAUACAAUUAAGACCCGACUUCAAGCAAAAGGUGGUUUUUUCCAUAAUGGAGGUUAUAAAGGAAUCUAUAGAGGUUUAGGAUCAUGUAUAAUAGCAUCAGCACCAUCAGCUUCAUUAUUCUUUAUUACAUAUGAUAAUUUAAAACAACAAUUACAACCAUAUAUUAAUUCACCAGUUUAUAGACAUAUUAUUGCUGCAUCAUUUGGAGAAAUUAUGGCAUGUACUGUACGAGUUCCUGCUGAAGUCAUAAAACAACGUACUCAAGCUAAGUUUCAUGGAUUAUCAACUAGUUUAUCUAAUUUAAAAUAUAUUUUAAAUAGUCAAUCAACUUUUAAAAAUUUAUAUCGUGGUUGGAAUAGUACAAUUAUUAGGGAAAUCCCAUUUACUAUGAUACAAUUCCCCUUAUAUGAAUGGUUAAAAUCACAUACUUGGAAAUUAAAAACUGGUGGUUCUACAAAUGAUCACAUUGUGAUAUCAAGUGGUAUAAAAGGAGCUAUAAGUGGUAUGAUUGCAGGUGGGAUAGCUGCGGCAUUAACUACACCUUUAGAUGUUUUAAAAACAAGAAUAAUGUUAAGUUCAGGUAAAGUUCAAGUGUUACCCUUAUUAACACAACUAAUAAAGGAAGAAGGUUGGGGAAGUUUAUUUAAGGGAAUUGUACCAAGAACUUGUUGGAUUAGUUGUGGUGGUGCUAUCUUUUUAGGUUGUUAUGAAUUGGUUCAUAAUGAAUUGAUAAAUGUUGGUAUUGAGUAA